AUGUUGCGCUACCACAGCAACAACAAGAGUGAUGGCGAAGAGGACUACGAAGAAAGGGAAAUCCCGGCAGGUGCGGACCUCGCUCACCUGGCGCGCUUGGCCAAAACGAAUAAAGCCGACUCUCUUGAGACGACGCUUAAGGACUUUUUCAAGGGUAUGGAUAAAGGUGGUGUGAACCCUUCCAACAUCCACAAGACGGAGUUAUCGGCCGCAGAUUUUGACAGACUCCGUCAACGGUUUGCAACCUGGUGUAGACACUACAAGGACUUUGAGUAG